AUGCAGAAGAGAGCCACGAGCAUCGCAGAGUUUUUCCCAGCGAAGAGAUCGGAUCAAGCAGAACAGCUUGAUGGUGGACGAGCGACGCAGGAAUCAUCCAGGUAGGAAGUCAUUUUUCAAUUAAGUUUGUUUCCGGUUUUUUUCCCACCGGCCGAGGACUCAAAAAAGCAGUCGCACCGAAGCAAGGUAAAUGGUUAACCGUGAUUUUCGGUUACUUAAUUCACUUAGUAUUGCCCAACCCCGUUGAUCGUUAUUGCGGAUUUGAGACCAUUUUCGAAAUUAAUUGUUUUUUUGUUGCCUUUCUUUGGCGGGAGUUUAUUUUUGCGGAUUUGCGAUUUUUUGUAUUUUGCUGGAAAUUGAUUUUUGCGAUUUCCAGACAGUACCAGUACCCAGCAUUGAUAAUAUGUUUGUUAUUUUCGGGAACUUAUUUUUGCGGAUCGCCGGAAAAAGCGGCGCAAAAACAAACAAAUUCAAAAAGUCAUGAUUGAUUGGGGUUGGUUAAGUCAUAUACCCUUGCUUUUCUAUGUACCAACGAAUCUAAAUUGCGUGUAUUUCAAUUUCAACUUCUGCAUAGAAAAUUGGCAACAAACUAUUUCCUUUUUAAAAUUGGAAUCAAAUCUAAUGAUCAAUGCAGUUUCUGUAAAGAAAGCUCGGAAACUCUUUUCAAUUAAGUUUGUUUUCGGUUUUUACGUUGGGUUUGGAGAAAUAUGUGAGAAAUUCUACUUAUCGUUCUGUUUACUUCUUCCCGCUUUAAUUCAUUUUCUGAGGCGAAAGAAUAACCAACAGAUUGCUCACUUAUCGUGCUUUUUUAAGUUGGAUGUCUGAUUGUUUUGUUGCAGAUCUUCACAAGAUCCGCCAGCGCCGAGCGAGGCUGGCAGUGAUACGGCGGACAGCCCAGAAAGGUACAGAUUUUUGCUUCGUGACAAGCAUGAAACUAUUACUAGCAACCCAGAGGAAAACCGCUUAAAACGAAAUCGGGACUGAUGAGGACCACAAAUUGACUAGCUGAUUCGAUGAAACCGUAAUUUCACCACCAUAAUUUUAACUACAUUUUUGACGUGGCUACGUUAACAAUGUCGUGUCUCUUAUUCUGUGUAGGCCUUCUUGUUCCCGCCGGCCGAGGACUCAAAAAAGCAGUCGCACCGAAGCAAGGUAAAUGGUUAACCGUGAUUUUCGGUUACUUAAUUCACUUAGUAUUGCCCAACCCCGCUGAUCGUUAUUGCGGAUUUGAGACCAUUUUCGAAAUUAAUCGGUUUUUUUGUUGCCUUUUUUUGACGGGAGUUUAUUUACAUGAUUGAUUGGGGUUGGUUUAAGUCAUAUACCCUUGCUUUUCUAUGUACUAAGGAAUCUAAAUUGCGUGUAUUUCAAUUUCAACUUCUGCAUAGAAAAUUGGCAACAAACUAUUUCCUUUUUAAAAUUGGAAUCAAAUCUAAUGAUCAAUGCAGUUUCUGUAAAGAAAGCUCGGAAACUCUUUUGCACCUCUUUUGGGAAUGCCCGUUCGUUAAAUCCUUUUGGAAUGAUUUGUCGCUUCUCAUGUCCUCAUAAAUUUCUUUAGUAGUCUAUUACAAUUGAAGGUGUCUUUUUGACAACGGGGUUAAACGACUGUAUCUAUUUGCUGUGUAUUAAUUCAUUUCUGUUUUUUUCAGACAGUUUUUUGACCAGGAGGCGAGAGCAGAAGGGACACGAGACGGCCGAAGGUAGGUCAAGCAUCUUUCUUAAUAUGCAUAACCCUCGUAUGCGGCUGUGCUGAGGAAUGAGGAAAAUACUUCACAGUAACUAAUAUUUUCCCGCGAAAUCGCGCUACAGAUUGCCGCGAGGGAAGGGAGGAAUCAAGAAUUAAAAACAACGACAACAACAACAACAUGACUUUAAAAACUUUUUAAGAGAUCACUUGAGGAGUAUUUGUGAAAGAAAGUCUUUCAAGUUGUCAUGAGCUAUUUCGCCAAUUUUUCCUUCUUUUCGGUGACAUGUGCAUUGACGUAGAAUAGCCCGUACGGAAAUGUUGGUAAGUUUCUAUGUACGUGUUUAUAUGACGUUUGGCGUUUGCCAUCAACGCCAUUCUAAAUGAUCUGCUGUCCCUCUGCACUUACAGCGCUGACCACGACGAUGAAGAAGAUGAAGAUGGUGACGUUGAGUCCUCACAGGACAGGGCCUUCUUCGUGGCGGACCAGGAUGUGGUCGAGGAAAGUAGUCAGUCCUUUUAUCGACAACAGGACGCGGCUUCCCUCCAAAGGGACGUCGAGAGCGUGGAGCCAUAUUUCCCCUUGGCAUUCGCAGAAUCCGCCGACCGGCCUCUAGCUUUCAACUUUGACUUGUUUCUGCUAGACAGCCUGUCGUUGCCAAGGCACAUAGUGCCUCGAGAUUCGCGGGAGGAGGUGUCCAAUGCAGUUUUGUUCGACAACGCUGCCAACGCUAUCAGCUACUGCACCGAGAGACUGGAAAGAGGGUGGAAAGAUACGCGUCCUGCCGCUGAUCCAACUGAGCGGGCAAGUCGCAGACACACCCACCCAAAGGUGAACAAGUGGGAACUCUUUCGCCGUCACAGCGCACGUUUGACCGAGGCUCUAACCAGCGGACAAGCGCCGUUUGACGCCAAUUUAAACCGCGUUCGCUUGGACAGGUACGUUGCUCAGAGACACUAGUAAAAAGCUAUUUUUUGGGGGGGGAGGGGGGUAUUCGCGCGAACUGACGAUAUUUUGUUCCUUUUGUUUCCUAUUUAUUGGCGAUUUUCUAGAAAGUACACAGCAUUGAUAACAUUUUCGUUUUUUUGUUUAAUAAUCCUACAAUGCUAUGUACACCGUUUCGUUUCCGAAUGAAGGGGGCAAGUUGUAAUUGAACAGACACGAUUGGUUAGUACUUAACUUCUGUGUAGCGAAUUUAAGUUAUAGAGAGUAUUCACCCUGGAGUAGAUUUUACGUGUUUGCGGGAACUUAUUCAGUCACGGACCGCUGGAAAAAAAACCGCCACACGGUACCCAAUCAACUAAUAAUUUUAACCACAAAAUCUUAAACGGCACACUUACGAAGCCCUGUCUGUUUUGGAACGACUGGUUUGGGGGCGCAAAGCAGGAAACCUAUAGACAAGCCUUUGUGGACUGACCCUACUCUCUUGCUCUCCCAGGUUUGGAAAUAUCAUGAUCUGGGACGCUCCGGCCUGGAGCCUCGCAAGCCCUGAAUUCACGCACGGCUUUCCCAAGCGGCUGAUAGUGCAAGAACACGGGGGUUUCUUACCGGGGAACAUAACCGUGUCGGCGAAGGCCAGCAAUUUGACGCUGAGGCGUUUGGCGGUGUGCGACGUGGCCUGCUUGGUCAGUCAAGCAACGACCGCCGGCUCAGGUCUGAGUAGAGCACGGCUCCUUAACCUCCGCUACGCGGCCAUCAGUUACCAGAGUGGGUCAUUCUGCCCGCAGUACCUGGCUUCCGCCAUGGUAGAGUUUGGCGUAAACUUCGCCACCUUUGAGGCAUUAUCGGCAGACACCUUGGACACGCUUCACGCCAGCCUCAAGCGGGGUUGGAGACAGGGCGACGACUCCAGCAGUAGCGGCGAGGAAUCCAACGAACCCCUCAUAUCCUGUCCGGAGAGUGUUAUGCAGGAGAUAGGCAAGUCCAGCGCGGAGUCUUCUUCGGAGGCUGGAACCUCCCAACAGCCACCAGGAGACAGCGAGCGGACAAUGCUCUGUGCUCUCCUCGCACGGCUGAGCAGCCGGCCCGGCUCGGAAAGCAGCGACUCAGAGGAGGACCACCAUGGGGAGACUGACGGAGAGAACACCUCGACGACAGUGGGUGGCGCACGCGCAGCAAGGAAGAAGAGAAAGACUUCCUCUGUAGGCGGGAGGAGAGCCAAGGCGUCCCGCGUGGGAGAAGCGACGGAGGGCAGGGAACCAGGUAAAGAACGCUGAAAAAUGAAACCAAACUCGAUUAUCACUCGCACAUAAUAAUAAUAAUAAUAAUAAUAAUAAUAUUUCUAUAGCGCUCUUAUCCUAUGUUCAAGGCGCUUUACAGUCAUGUAAACAACAUUAUUGAAAAAUAUCUACAAAUAUACAACCAUAUCCUAUUAUAUUUACAAUGAGUAAAAAAGGGAAAAAUUAAAACUAACGGAAUGUAUACAAAUCUAUAAAAACAAUGAUCCGUUAUUAUGAUACCAAUACAUGCUGGUAUCAGCACAUGAUACCAGCUUCGUGUUCUACGUCUCAGGAGAGACCGUUUUCAGUUUGUGGAGUUGUGCGCACACGCUGAGACAGUCGCAAACAUUUGGUAGCUAAGAAGCAAACUUGAAAAGCAUUGAUAGAUUGCUUAUGUCAUUCUUCUUAUAUUAGGAAAGUGCUAGCAAAUAUGUUGCGAAGUCUGAAACAAGAGAUUUCCUUGCAACAAGAAUAACAAACAUGGAAUCAAUACCCCAAGAAUAACAAAAUUGAGCAAAAUUUCAUACUGGUAAAGGAACAAAGGCACAACAUCAUUUUUUCGGCUAAAGUUGCGACACAGCUGGGCUAGCAAAUGUUUGUUUUCUAUUUAGCGUUUAUCUUAUAUUUUAAGUUGUUUGACAUCCAUAUUGCUUAAUUUUUAUAUAUUACAUUAAUCUUAACUCUUCAUUUUUGUAAUGCGCAUUUGAUCAUAUUUUUAUGUGAACCUGGGCAAUAUAAAUGAUACGCUCACUCACUUCCAAAUCAUUAACGGCGAGAACUCCCUGUUUCAUUUCAGCAGGUGUAGAAACGACAGGCGAACCAGUGACGGCGCAAGAGGAAGAAGAGGCAAAUCCCUGGGGCUUGCAGGACGGGUCGGUCGCGGGACUCAGGCUUGACGCCUUCCCAGACGCGGAGACGUGGCAGGACAUGUUAACUUUCUUCCGACAACACCAGCCGCUUCGCCAAGAGGUGGGUGUCCACACUGAUGGUCUCUUAUCCCUCCCUAUCCUUCUUAUGGUUAUCGUUAUCGUUGCUAUUUUUAAGGAGAACAUUUUCCGUCCGCCGAUGACACAAUCAGAAACACUGCAUUUUUUGUUCUUUCUCUUUCCAAACAGGAAAUACGAACCGCCAUGCCCAGGGCAGGCGCUUGGCAAGGAGACCCCGAGAGGGCACAAGAGGCCACUAGCAACCUGAUUGCAGACGCACGCCGCCAACUGCUUGGUGAGAAGAUGGCAGCCCUCUUCGUCAUCUGCGGCCGCGACAACUGUAACUGCCGAGAAGACAGCUGUGCUCUGAAAGGCGGUCAAUAUUGGCUACAAGAGCAGCCACGAAAACCCUGCUCGCAAGACCUCCGCUGUGCCGUUUGCAGCGUCUUCACACGACACCUGGACCUCUGCAAUCUCCUCGGUAGGGCGUCUACUAGCAAGGGCGCUCUCUUCAGUCGACUCCUUGCGAGUUCCGUGGCAGUUCACCAACUGUACGACCUCGCCGUCCCGGCAGACUUGCCCCCCGGUCAGAGGGUGACCAGAAAACAGACCGUAAAGGGGAUACUGUGCUCCAUGUUAGACGUCGAGAGAAAUAGGCUACAGUGCCUCAGGCGCAUAGGAGAGCUAGCCACGCUGGUGCCUAAACUGCUCUGUGUUCAACUUAGCAGCGGUCGCGCACUCUUCUGGGAACAACUGAGAAGAGUUUCCAACACGGUGAUCGGACAACGCGGUCGAGCGGCAAAACUAGUCGCUCUGGAAGCUUUCCGCAGGAGAAUGCCGGACGAUUCGCCCUGGAAGGAGUUCUUGACCCCCGAUUGA